AAAAAAAAUAACGCCUCGGCAAAGUGGCAGCUGAGCUCAGGCGAGUGCAGGCAUCAGUCUGAAAGUGCUGCACUGCUGCACAUAACCUACACAACGCUCCCUCAUCACUUUCACUCUCGGAUUACAAAAAAAAAAGUCCCGAAGAACACAUUUGGCAGAAAAGGAGUGGAUGAAAGAAGGGUGAAAAGUUAUGGACGAAAGAAUAGCGCGACUACAGGACAGACAGUUCCUGGAUCAUGCAGAUUUCUUGGGGGUCGAGUAUUCGUCCCUCUACAUGUGCAAAUCAAAAAGAGGCAUGAAACGAGAGGAAGGAAAGGACGCUUACAAGUUACCCCACAGACUGAUAGAGAAGAAGAGGAGGGACAGAAUUAAUGAAUGUAUCGGACAGCUGAAGGACUUAUUACCCGAACAUCUCAAGCUGACGACGCUGGGUCACCUGGAGAAAGCAGUUGUUCUGGAGUUGACCCUGAAACACCUCAACGCUUUGACGGCGGUGACGGAGCAGCAGCACCAGAAGAUACUCGCUCUGCAAAACGGUGACCGGUCGCUGAAGUCCUCUCUCCAGGCUGAUCUGGACGCUUUCCACUCGGGCUUCCAGGCGUGCGCCAGAGAGGUGGUGCAGUACCUCAGUAAAGUGGAGAAGUGGACUAGCCGCGAGCAGCGCUGCACUCAGCUCGUGGACCACCUGCACAAAGUGUCCGCGCAGCUCCUCCAGCACCCGCUGGCUAGCGGCGACGGCCACGAGCGGGAGCGCGAGGGACACCCCGCCAAAGACGGCCACGCCAACUGCGUGCCCGUCAUUCAGAGGACUCAGCACCCGGAGCUGAACGAGAACGACACGGACACCGACAGCGGCUACGGCGGCGAGGCGGAAAAGAGCGACGGGCGGCCGGAGAGAGCGAGCGACGCCGGAGCCGUGAAGGGACGUAAAAUCAAGCAGGAGUUCGAGAGCGAUGAGCAGCGGCCGGCCAAAAAGCCCAAACUGAACUGGGCCGCAGGGGGCGCCGCGGGCACGGACGCAGCCAGCCGGCCGGAAAUGGCUUUUAUGAACUCGCUGAUGGCGGGAAUGGCAGGCGUGGGGCAACAGGCCCCCUUCUGCAUGCCCUUUUACUUCAUCAACCCGUCUGCGGCGGCCUCCUACGUGCCCUUUUUGGACAAGAGCCACGUGGAGAAGCUGGUUUACCCGCUGGCCGCGCCUUUCCCCUGGCUCUACCCGGGGCUGCCCGCUGCAGCGGCCGCGUUUAACUCCAAGAGCUUCGACGCUCUUUCCAAGGAUGGAGACUCUUCUCCUCCUCCUCCUGCCGUCGCUCAUGAUGACCUGGAGAACCGAGCAGAGGCUUCCUCCCCAGCGGUCGGGGAGCAUGGCUCAGAAAUGAUGGAAAACACUGGAGAGCAGAGCCAAAGAAAUGAAAACGAUGGUACAUAGGCUGCCAGCUCACUUUGCACCUCGUUUUUGGCUUGUAAAAUCGCGUAGCCUAUUUAUCCGUUCCUUAAUUUAAUGGUCGUUGAGUGUUCCUGUAGUUGUUUCUAUGGAGUUUUCUGAUGAAAGCUGUACUUUCAUUUGUUAUUCUUUUCUGUUUUUUUUUUUUUAAAGGGAUGCUUUGGCAGAAAUAUCAGAUUUACACAGGUUCCCCAGUGUUACCCCAGGUGUGGCUGAUCAGCCAAAGUUUGCUUCUUCAGUAACUGUAGUAGUACAAGUAAUAGAAAUAGGAAAAGGUUUUGGGUUACUUUGUAGCUGUAUUAGCCCUAUGGUUAGUGCAAAACUAAAAAAGCAAGCUUUGGACGCCAGACAUGUCUUGAGUGGUUGAUUACACAGUGGUAAGGGGUAAACUGUAAAUUUCAUUUUUUGCCAAACUGUUCCUUUAGGUUGGAAGUAUUUGCAGAACAGGGUUUUCACCGUCCAAUUGCUCUUUAGCUUCUGUGGGGAGAAUGAAUGGGGGAAGUUGUAACAACCUAGUGCCUUCAGCACUCAAUCCUUGAGCUAUUUUGAAUGGAAAUCGACACUGAUUGACAAGAGCCUACAUGUCUGUCAUUAUUGCCAUUUUAAAAAAAUCAGUGGCGUUAGUCUUAAGCGAAAAAUGGUGUUAAACUGAAAAUUUGUUCUUUUUUUGUUUGCUGAGGAAAUUUAGUCUAGUGCAAUACUUGUUAAUGCUCUGUGAGUUACAACCAACUGCACCUCUUAUCAACCAUUUGGAAACAUAUUGGCCUCUUGGAUGUACCGUAUGAUAGUGACCUCAAGCAAGCUGAAGCGACUGCUGCAGUGUUUUGGUAGAAGAACUUUAUUUUUGGUAGAACUACUGGAUUUGCCAUUGACAGUGAGGUUCUUUUUUCAUGUUUUAAUCUUCAGUGCUUGAAAAGAGUUACUUAAAUACCUCAACAUACUUUAGCAUUUAGACAUUUUAGAUCAGGAUCCAUUCAUUCCUACAGACGCUCCUCUGGUAGGGGCGGUGCAGUGACCUGAACUUUCUCAUAUAGGACAGGACUGGUCUCCUUUUUUUUAAAUCAGAAAAAAAUUUGUGAGUAACAAUCCUCUGACUUGCUGUUACGACAGCCCCCGCUCUCUCCCCCAAUAACUCAUUCGAAGUUAAGUUUAAGUGAGGUGUGAAAUCGCACUUUGAAUAUUAAAGGCUUAAAGUGGGCAUGUCACUUGUAAGCGCUCUCUGACUCUCUGACUUUCACCACCUCCAACAAUUUAAUGACUUCAGGCCAAUUUUCUAGAUGCAGUUAAGCCUAGCGUUGGACUAAAUUACACCAUCUUUGGGGGUUCCCAUUUAGUCUAGGACUUUAUGUGUCUGGAGAGGUGGUCCAUGUGUAUGUGGGGAGAAACCUCCAAACUUCCAGCAAAAACAUUCAGAAUACGUUAGCACCUUAUGGAACUUUGAUAUUGAAUGUAAUCUGUGUUUUUGGUAGACAUGAAAGUUUGUAAAUAUUCUGAUAAAAGUAGAUCUUUAAUCCGCGAGGUAAAGUGCACUUGUUCAUGCCUUUUUUGUUCCUUUAACACACUCCUCACAUUUUGUUUCUAAUCUGUUGCCCUUUGUAUUCCAAUUGUAAUAUAUAUUUUCUUAAAGAAAUCCUGACUGAAAGGCAAGUCAUGGACUAAAUGUAUCUUGAAUAAAUGUACAAACUGCGACAUAAUAGCUGACUCCAUAGCUACACAUUUCAGUAAAAUUCUUCUGAAAUCUGACUUUCAUUCAAGCAGCAAAUGCUUCUGCAAGUCAGUGUUGAAAAUCUUACGAUUUCAGUAGUAGUCUGGCUAAACAGUUAAAACAACUAAUGUAUUUUGCCUUAUUUAGUAUAGCCAUUAGCCACAACAUGAUGUAGUAACAUUAGGAAAGUCCCAGUCAGCAAUCACGGCAACUGUCCAGACAAGUUAUUAAUAUUGCAGCAGCACAGGAGUUUAAAUAACAAGAAAGAAAACAGUUCAACAGACAUUGUGUACAUAUACCAUGUUACUAAACUCAGAGCUGCACCUGUGGUGGCCGUGGCACAGGUCCUGCAGUUGCUGACUGGGACUUUACGUCUUGUGUAACAUGCAUAGUGCAUGUUGCACUGCACGUGCACACAAAAGAAUGCAGACGACCUUGGGACUGGAGGAAUGUAAGAAGAGAAGCAUUGAUUUUACCACAAGAUCAAUGUUAACUAGACUGUAGCAAGUAACUUUCCUGUUGGAAAAUACUGAGUAUGUAUUGUUUAUAAGGGUACUGUUCCUUUACAUUUGUUAGGAAGAGAAUACUUUUGCAUAGAACACAUUUUGUAGGCCCCUUUUAGCUUUUUUGCCUCAACUGUCUCUUUGCCUAAGCAGCGGCAUGUGUCAUGUACAUAGGUUGUGAAUAUGCUAAAUGUCCAAUGUUCAUGUUGUAGAAGAAAUCUAUGGAUUUUAUAAAGGAUAUAACUGAGCAACUGUUGCACAUUUCGUUAACGCUUUACACUAUUGCUGUUCUAAAUUAUUGCCGCACAGUUGUCGAAUAAAUAAACGCUCAAAAACUA